AUGGCGGCACUACUUCGGACAUCUCCCAACCUCGGCCUCCGGAUACGGAACCUCGCCCUGACAAGGACUCAACAGACAUCAACAUCACUCAGCACCCGAUUCGCCUCCUCCCUCGACACUCCGAUCAGAACAACACCACCCGCCUCACGCACUACCCCUCGUCGCACAACCUCGUCUCCUCAUUACCCUCGGAAGGAGUUUGUCUCUGCCUUUGUCGGAGGCACCAAUAUCGAUGAUACCACACCCCCAUUCCCUCCGCCAACAUCAGUAUCGAAAUCAUCAUCACCAUCAUCAUCAUCAUAUUCAAGGAGAUCCUCACCCACGAGAGCAGUCGCCCCAGGGUCGACGGCUUCAACAACCCAAGGUCUUCCCAACAAGCACCUACUGAUCACCAAGGACUUUGCUAAAUAUGUUCAAAAAAACCGCACACCGCAGCAAGUGCUGGAUCAUGUCAUGGAGGCGCGGUACCAGCGGGACUGGGACUUCAUGCUUGGACGGAUCUUGAACGAAUACCUUAAGCAAAACCAGGUCUACAACAUCGAGCCCCUCAUCAUAGAGAUGGAGAAACGCGGGCUAUCAGUUCAGUCAGACACAUACACGGUCCUCCUCCGAGGACUCGCAACGUUCGCCUUCUCUUCCUCACACACUACCGCCGCACAAUCCCUCUACAGCCGCCUCAAAUCACAGUACAACCACCCACCCACUGUGGAACAGGCAAACUCCAUGAUCCGGAUGUAUCAACGUCUCGGCAACAACAUCGAGGGCAUCGAACAGGUCUACAACGACAUGGCCAAGAAGGGACCCGACGCACCCACAGUCGUCACCUACGGGACCCUUAUCAAGUCCUAUGGACGUAUCGGAGGCGACCGAGCAUUCGAGAGGGCAUGGAGAGUUUGGGUCGAGUACUUGAACACAACCAAUAUCCGUCGAGAGGAUGGAGAUGCCAUGGAUACAGGGAUGCUGGGUGCCAUUCUGACGGCGUGCAAAGAGGCGCACAACCCGGACUAUGUCAGGAGAGGCUACCGCCUGUUUGAGUCUUACUACGGGAUGCAGACUGGAUCGCCAACACCAUUGGGAGCAACGUCUGUUGUUCCUGCAGGAUUUACUGCUGGAGGGGCUGGAGGAUACGGACAUGUGCGACACCAGGGCGGACCCAGCAAGACGUCGUCCGUUGCUUUGGACGAAUCGGCCUCGAAUAAGGGUCUCACCAUCGGCAAGGGAGCCGAGUACGCCAAGGCAGAUGACCCGCGACCCGAGAUGUUGGAGCUGGUCAUGGCGACCAGUUUUCAACUCGGGGAAUUCGAGCGGGGGAUCCGGUACAUGAAGUUCAUCCGUGAAAAAUUUCCGGAAUUCGAGCCCAACAACCGUAACCUGACGACCUACAUGCGUCUCCAAACCGCAGUCAAGGAUUACAACGGAGCCUUCAGGACUUUUGACGAGGUUGAAGCGUUGGGUCAGGAACAUACCCGUGCCUCAUGGAAGCAAGGGCUCCAGACUGCUUUCGAGGCUAACGACUGGAGCAGGACGUUUGGGAUGUACAACGAGUUCAAGAAGAGGAGCCAGAAGGGUCAGGGCUCGACAGGCGAGAUCUCCCACGACGCUUGGACUCUGGCCACGACACUCCGGGUGGCCGUUCGGUCGAACCACCUUACAGAGGCGCUCGAGAUCCUGCAGGAGAGCCAGUGGCAGAAUGUCAUCAAGAGCCGCGAGUUCCCAAGGGCGAACCUCGACAUUGCUCGGGCGGCCGUCAAGGCCUACUCCGAAGUGCUCCAUGGGCCCGACGGAAAACUUUCUCAAAGUAGCAGCGGUACUGAGGAGUGGAGCAAUGAUGAAACGCAACCUGGUGGUAACGGCAAGGACGACAAGAUUGUCAAUGGCGUGAAUCUGACCCAGGAGCUGAAGACGGCGCUCAAGAUCCGCAACCAGCUCGAGUUUGCACUUGCGAACUAUCAUUCUGAUGGCGCCAAGGCCUACAAGAAGCGCGCUAUUUCCCACGGUGAGGAGCUUAUUCUCGGCGGUGAGAGCUCAUCCUCAGGGUCCGGCCGUGGAAGAAAAUAA